AUCUAUCCAUUACUCGAGUAAUCAUUAAAGCUUAAAGCCUCCAGUAAUCGCUAGCUAGUUCUAGUAGCUUGCUAGCUGGCUCGCUAGUACUGUACUGUUGUAUUACCGGUACCAGUAUUUCGCCAGAAAGAAAGACACAAGAAAGACAAGGAAGAAAGGCUCUCAAUUCCUGGAACCUGAAUCAGAGAACCUGCCUCUCAUUGAAACACAACAUCCUACUGCCCUUUCCAAUGUAACUUCCUCUGUUCAGGCAGCAGAAGUUCAUUGGAACUUGCCUUUUCCGCAAGCAGCCAACUUCUCUGCAUCUAAAGUUUUGGUCACAAUUUUCGCUUGCUGCCCAAGCCGAAGUCCUCUCAACCAAUCCUCCAGUUCUUCAAAUAAUCAUCAAGAUGACCCCAAUCAGCAAGAAAAAUGUCACCUUUGGUGAGAACUACAUGGUGAUCUUCAAGGAACCUUCCUCUGAGUGCCAUGAAGUGUGGUACAGUCAUGAAGACUUCGAGGUGAUGAAGCAUGACAAGUGCGCAGAAACGAAAGAGCAUGGCAACCAUGUCGAAGAAACCCAACGCGAGCUUUGCUGCGACGAGCAUGACAGUCCCAGCAAGGCCCGUCGCAAGAACCAUGUGGCCAGUAUCCUUGCUCUCCAGGAGGAACACAGAGCCCACGGUGUCCAUGAUGCCAAGGGACUGCAAAUGAUGUCUGCCACUCUGAGCAAAUCCGAUUCUCGGGGAGCCCAAGAAAGAGCCCAAAGAGACUCCCUGGAUGCCUUCCAAUUGCACAAGGAGUGCAAUGUUGAAUCUUUGAAAGCAAAGAGCGCCGAAGAGUACUCCAAGCGAAUCCGUGCGGUCUCAAUCCGCAAGCACCUCGUGCGACCCACAAGGGGAGUCUGAAAAGGAUACUCCCGAAACCAUUUUGCAACAGUUUUGCAUCAUGUAAACUAUAGACCCGUGCAUUUUCCAUCCAAGCCAAAUGAUGAUUUCUAAAGUACUAGCGCGUUCUCGUCUGUUUUGAAGCCAAAGGGUGUUUUGGUAGCUUCAUCUUGCAUGGUUCGGCCCCAGAGACAUGGGAUUUUCAAUAGUCUUUUCUUAUCCACUCAAGCACUCAAGUGCUGGUAGCGAACCGCCCCUAGUCGAGUCAUUGCAAUGCAGCCGCUACCGGUAGCUACCGGUACAGUCGUAUCCGCGGUACCGUCAUGUACCGG